UGUUCGCGCGCUCGCCCCUGCGCAUGAGUGCAAGCUAUGCCAUAACUUUCUUACAAUUACAAUUCGCCAGUAUUCUCCCCUUAAACAGUGAAAGUUCUAUGUCUUUGUAAUUUUUAUAUAAAUUAUUAUCGAUCAAAAUGGAAGUCAAAACUGAUGAGAAACUACCGUAUCCAAAGGCAGUCGGGUUUAUAGUCGCAAAUGAGUUUUGCGAAAGAUUUUCCUACUAUGGAUUGCGAACUAUCCUGUCACUCUACCUGCGUGACAUGUUGGGGUAUUCUGACGAUGGGGCCACCGUCAUCUACCACUCCUUCACCAUGCUUGCCUACUUCUUUCCCGUCAUCGGCGCCAUGAUCGCUGACGGAUGGCUCGGCCGAUACCGAACAAUACUGUACCUGUCGUCCGUGUACGCUUGCGGCAGUUUCCUCAUCUCCAUUACAGCCAUACCACCGUUACACCUGCCUGGGCUAUCGCUUACACUUCUGGCUCUAUUACUAGUUGCUAUUGGAACGGGGGGAAUAAAACCUUGUGUUUCGGCGUUCGGAGGAGAUCAGUUCAAAUUGCCAGAGCAAGAGAAGUACCUUGGGUAUUUCUUCUCGAUUUUCUACUUCUCUAUUAAUGCUGGAAGUCUUAUAUCCACGUUCUUCACGCCGAUGCUAAGAGCUGAAGUUAGCUGCUUUGGACAAGAUACUUGCUAUUCAUUAGCGUUUGGAGUGCCCGGGAUACUCAUGGUUAUUUCUGUCGUUUUCUUCGCACUUGGCCAUUAUAUGUACAUUGUGAAAAAUCCCUCCGGGAAUAUAAUCGGUCAGGUCUGCUCUUGCAUCGGGCACGCGACUGUGAAGUCUUGCAAGUCGAAGGAAAAACGGGAGCACUGGUUGGACCACGCCGACGAUAAGUACGAUCGCAAUCUGAUCGAAGAUAUCAAAUGUCUACUCCGAGUGCUAGUCCUCUUUAUCCCGCUGCCCAUCUUCUGGGCGCUUUUUGACCAACAGGGCUCGAGGUGGACGUUCCAGGCAGACCGAAUGCGACAAGAUAUCGGCAGUUGGACACUUCAGGCAGACCAGAUGCAAGUGCUUAACCCGUUGCUCAUUCUAAUCUUCAUACCUCUCUGUCAAAUCGCUAUUUAUCCAUUCCUGGAAUGGUGCAAAAUAAUAAGAAGGCCGUUACAUAAAAUGAUCAUGGGUGGCUUCCUUGCCGCCACUGCUUUCGUCAUCUCCGGCGUAGUAGAACUGAACUUGUUGCCGACGUACGGUACACCGCUCUCAGAAGGAUUGGGCCAAUUGAGAGUUUACAAUGGAUUCAAUUGUAAUUUUAAAUUAAACAUAUCCGAUGGUCUCACCAAAGAAAUUCAUAUGACAACUAUUCCUCCUCUUUCUGUGUACGAAAACUUAGACAUCCCAGUGAAGAAUUCUGUAGAAAUCCCGUACAAUAUCAAAGGAGACACAGGCACCGCAUGUGAGAAAAUUGUGUACUCUGGAAAUUUCCAUGUUGUGGAAAAGGGCUAUACCUCGUUGUUCAUUAGCAGUAACGAUUUAAUUAGCUUUGUGGAUGAUAAUGACAAAGCUAUGAACGGCGUUAAAAUAAGAUUCUUAUCGAAUUUAAAUAGUGUCGCGACGAUAAGAGUAGAUGAUGCGAAUAAAAAUGUGACCAGACUAAGUAUAAGAAGCAACGACAUGGAACAAAAGCAAAUACAAAAAGGAAAGUAUGAUAUCUGGGUGGAUAAAACACGGGUCAUAAGUGAUUAUAACUUCGAGGCCGGCGCAGUGUUCGCAAUAAACGUAUAUGAAGAUUCUACAAGAGCAUACUGGGCAAACCCAGUAAUGAUAACGCCGGAGAAUUCAGUACACAUCCUUUGGCUGGUGCCACAGUAUAUAAUUAUCACGUUGGGUGAAGUUAUGUUCUCCGUCACCGGCUUAGAGUUCUCGUUCACGCAAGCACCUGCCUCUAUGAAGUCUGUGCUGCAGGCAAUGUGGCUGCUCACUGUCGCCUUUGGUAACUUGGUCGUUAUUCUUGUCGUUGAAGGACAUAUUUUGAAUGCUCAGUGGAAAGAAUUUUUCUUAUUCGCGGGACUAAUGGCGAUUGAUAUGUUAAUCUUCACGAGUAUGACCUUCCGGUACAAGUACGUGGCGCUGAAGUCCAGCACGGAGGAUCUCACUGUCGAGGAAAUCAUACUACCUGAUAAACCGAGACAAGAAUGAAGAACUGUUACUUGUAAGUUGAAUAUAAUAUAUGCAUAA